GUCCCAUAACAGUUUUAGAGUCCAGGUCCAAAUAUGGUUCCCACACAAUAUUUUUGGGUCUAGGUCCCAUAACAGUUUUAGAGUCCAGGUCCAAAUAUGGUUCCCACACAAUAUUUUUGGGUCUGGGUCCCAUAACAGUUUUAAAGUCCAGGUCCGGCCGGCCCCGACCUGACCCUGCCACCCCUAAAAUAAUUGAUUGGGGGUACUCCCAAGUUUUUCCAAACCAUGUCACUUUUUAGCUUGAACCAUCAUCGUACACCAGAAAAGAAAGAACUCGGGACUUUUCUGUAAUGCUCUUCUUAUCUCUCUCUAGAUGCUACACUCGUUUGUUUAGCACACAAUCCUUAUCAUUUGACAAGAAAACCUUCCUCUCUCUCCUGCAAACCUGUUCCCACCCUCACCAAUUGCACCAAAUCCACGCCCUCCUUCUCACUUCUGGUCUCUCUCACAAAAACUCCCUCUUAACCUUUCUCCUCUCCACCUUUGCUCAAUGGGGUCAUAUGGACUAUGCCCACCUUCUCUUUCAACAAAUGCACAAGCCCAGGCCCUUUAUAUGGAACACUCUGAUUCGUUCCUACUACAAAACCCACCUCUUUUCUCAUGCUCUCUCGCUGUAUGACCAAAUGCAUGUCUCGAAUGUUCGCCCUGAUGAGUUCACUUUCCCCUUUGUGCUCAAGGCCUGUGCUGGUCUCAUUGCUCAAAGGGAAGGAUCUCAAGUUCAUGCUUUAAUUAUAAAAUAUGGGUUUGAUUCAGAAGAUAUAGUUCAAACUGAGCUUAUCAUCAUGUAUGUGAGAUUUGGUGAAUUGGAUUUUGCAGAGAGGAUGUUUGAAAGAAUUCCUAAGAGAGAUUUGAUAUCUUGGAAUGCUCUAAUUGGGGCUCUUGCGCAAAAUGGGCAUGCCAAUAAGGUACUCGGAAUAUAUACAUACAUGCUCUCUACCAGAGAAGUGAAGCCCGAUUCUCUCACUCUAGUGAGCGCCCUCACUUGCUGUGCUCAAUUGGGAUCGUUCGAAAUAGGGCAAGAAAUUGUGCAAUACAUUCGUUCUCACAAUUUUGAAUCCAAUGUGUAUAUAAACAAUGCGAUCAUGGACAUGUAUGGAAAAUGUGGGGAUGUUAAAUCGGCGAGAAAAAUGUUCAACAAAAUGGAUCACAGAAAUGUUGUAUCAUGGAGCACCAUGAUCGGAGCCUACUCGAUGAAUGGGUGGAGCAUGGAAGCAUUGAGCCUUUUCUCUGAUAUGCGUAAAACCGAUGUAGUGCCAAAUUAUGUAACAUUCCUUGGCAUUCUUAAUGCUUGUAGUCAUGGAGGUCUGGUAAAAGAGGGGAUGGAGCACUUUGAUCUCAUGACCAAAGAUUACAGGAUUGAACCAAGAUUAGAGCACUUUGCAUGCAUGGUCGAUCUGCUUGGGCGAUCAGGCCAUCUUUAUGAGGCGUAUGAUUUCAUAAAAAGCAUGUCCAUGAAGCCCGAUUCUGGUGUGUUUGGUGCUCUAUUGAAUGCAUGUGUAAUUCAUCGAGAUAGAAUUGGCGCAAAUAUUGCAGACUUACUUUUCGAUCUAGAGCCUAUGGUUGCUUCUUAUUAUGUCUUGUUGUCGAAUGUAUAUGCACAAGCAAAGAGAUGGAGCGAUGUCGAGAAGGUGAGGCGAAGGAUGAGAGAGAAGGGCUUGAAGAAGGUGGCAGCUUAUAGUUCCAUUGAAUGGGACGGCAAUGUUCAUCUUUUCUAUGGGGGCGAUAAAUCACACCCUCAAUCUAAAAAGAUAUAUGAAGUUUUGGAGAAGCUGGGGGAGAAGAUGAGAAACGCAGGCUAUAUGCCAAAGACUGAGGUUGUGUUGCAUGAUGUGGAAGAUGAGGAGAAAGAGGUUGCUCUAGGACACCAUAGUGAGAAGCUGGCCAUGGCGUUUGGAUUGAUAAAUUUGAGCUCUAAGGAACCCAUAAGGGUGAUAAAGAAUUUAAGGAUAUGUGAUGAUUGCCACUCUGCUGCUAAGUUCAUCUCUAAAAUAGAAGGGAGAGAGAUCAUCUUGAGAGAUAAGAACCGUUUCCACCAUUUUGUUAAUGGGUUAUGUUCUUGUAAGGAUUUCUGGUAGUCAGGUGCUUGAUUCUUCUUUUAACCAACCAUAGUAUACACCAUAAUCCAUCGGAUUAAUUCUCCAAAAGGGUCCUCAGCCGUUCCCUCCUGACAUUAAUGCAUGGAGAUUAAUUGUAACUGGGUAAAUAUUAUGGGGGCCAACCAGCUUCUGCUGAUCUGCACUGUCCAUCUGUAGAAAUGGGUGGUUGAUGCCCUCCCAAUUGAGGUACACCAUAGUGCAAUAUGUUAUAGCUUAUAAAUCUUAGAAUCAAUGGGAGUGGGUCCUGGUUUAGUAUUCUUCA